AUGAUUCAACUAUCAAAGACCAACAUUCUGGGUUCUCGCGGAAGAAAUGAGGUAUUCUUGGAGUACGACCUUAACAAUUUCGAGAGUAUAGAGAAGAUCAAGUAUACAACAUUAUCAUUGAGUGAGAAAGUAAAACUCAUUCGAUGUGUCGAGAAAGGAGUUAAAAGGAAGAAGGACAUUGCUGCAGAUUUCAAGAUUGCCGCUCAUUUCCCAUUGUUGGAAAUAUCGAAGGUCGAAUGGAUGAAAUCUACCCGGAACCAGAAUAUUCCCUUAUCUGGUCCUAUAGUGCUAGAAAAAGCUGAAUUCUUUGCAGCUCACUCAAGAUACGAAGACUUUAAAGCUAGCUCUGGGUGGUUAGAAAAGUUUAAGAAUAGGAAUGGAGUAAUCUAUAGGACAUUAAAUGGCGAAAGUGCUUCUGUUUCGGAAGAAGACUGCGAAAAGUUUCUCACCGACAUUUUGCCUAUCUUGUUAGAAGUUUAUGCAAUAGAAGAUAUCUUCAAUGCAGAUAAAACAGUUUGCGCUAAUGUGUCUGGUAAAGGAAAACUAGAGUUGCUAGUAAUAGGCAAAUCUAAGAAUCCACGACGUGUCAAGGGAGUCAAGUCUUUACCAGUGCUUUACGAGAGCAAUAAAAAAGCUUGGAUGACUAGUUCAGUGGUUCACUUACCACCAAAUUUAACUGCCAAAUUGCAACCAAUGGAUCAAGGAAUCAUUAAGAACCUUAAUGUUAAUUACCGGCGGAGAAUUAUAAAAAGAUUGCUCAAGGCUUCGGAUGAGAAAAUGGGGUGGUCUGAUUUGAAUUUAUUGGAUACUAUUUUCGACUUGAAUAAAGCUUGGGCUGAUGUCACUAGUGAUACAAUUGCGAAUUGCUUUCGGAAGGCUGGCUUCGUGAAACCUGACGUGGAAAAUCUUGCAACACAAGAACAAGACGAAACUUUAUCGGAUGGUACUUCUGAAGAGUGGGAUGAUCCACAAAGAAUGUUGGGCUUCACAGAAGUAAUUUUUGAAAAUUUUAUUGAUUUAGACACUAAUGUCAUUAUUGCUAGUGAACCUACCGAUAGUGAGAUAUUGAAUAGUAUAAAGGCACAAGAACCUUCAAAAUCUGAUAACGAGAAUGAUGCCGAGGAUCACGAUGUGGCACCACCAACAAAAUUGAGAGAUGCUGAAGUUGGCUUAGCAAUUGCUCGCAGGUUUCUUUCUGAAGAAAGUAAUGUGCAGAACACAAUCUUUUCUGCUUUAGACAUGGUUGAAAACUUUUACCAGAGAAAGAGUUGCAUCAAACAGAAAAAAGUGACUGACUUUAUUAAAUAA